UUUUUUUUUUUUUUCAUUCAGAGAGGUGCAAAUGAGAAGAGCUAAUGAGCAGAAUUAGAAGAAUAUAACAUAUAAAGAAAUGAAUGUUAACAAUAGUAAGCUGUUGUAAUCAUCCUUUAUUUUAUUUUGCUAUUAUAGUUGUAGCCUUUUGUAUGAUCAAUAAUGUUGUUGUUAUUUUGUUGUUGUACGCAUUAUAAAUAAUAUAAAAUACGCGGUAUAAAAAAAAAAAGUAUACGCAUAUUUUUUUUUUUUUAUAUACAUACAUAAAUAAACAUAUAAUUUAAUUUAUUGAUCAUGGGCAUUACAUGUCUUGUUCGAUGGAAAAAUGCAACAGGCAUGCGUGAUUUUACAUACAUUGCAGAACAUAUAACAAAAACAUUACAUGGCAAGAAUAUAGGACCUUGGUCACUUUCUUUUAAAGUAUUUCGAGAUGUAGAUUCAACGAUGAAUAAUAAUAAUAAUGCUCGACAAAUGACAUUAAAGGAUAGUAAAUUAUUAUAUCAAGUCUCACUUGCUCAACAACCACGACAUGUCUAUUGUAUGGUAGAAGGUAGUGUAGUGGUUGAGGCAGAAAAGGAAAUGGAAAUUAUUCUUCCACGACUUAAAAAUCUAUGGCAAUUGAGACAGAAUGUCACGAUUGAGGGAACAAGUUAUGAAAUAGGGGAUUUUACUUUAAGAGUUGCGAAUAUUUUAUUAGGAUCAGCGUAUAAAGGAUUAUUAUUAGAGAUUGAUUACCAUCCUUGUUCUACACCAAAUAAUGCACGUCAAUUAUUUCAAGAAUUUGUAGAAUCCAUUGUUCCUUCAACUGCACAACUAUCUUGUGAAUAUGAAUAUAAUUACGAGCAAGUAGGCCUAAGUAAUUAUGAAUUUACAAUAGCGCAUACAAGUUAUCAAUAUAUGCAACUAUUCAGAAAUGAUGGUCUUUUCUAAUAAAUAAAUAUGAAUGUAAAUGUAGACAUAAAUACAUGUGUGUGUGUGUGUAUGGGUGUAAAAAAAAAAAAAAAAAAAAAAA